AUGGUCUCUCAUCGCAAUCGAUUGACCGUCCUCGUGGUGGUAUGCUGUGCUGUCCUUGUGCCAGCCCGUGCAUCGACCAGUGUGGCUAAGCGAGAGGCGCCUCUCCCACCGAGCGGUAGCUACCUUCCACCGUCAGGCGGAGCUGGUGGAUAUCCGGCGGCACAGUCUCCUUCCUCAAGCUAUGGUGCACCAACAGGUGGUGCUGGAAGCUGGAGCGGAAAUGGAAAUGGUAAUGGCGGCCGUGGUCACUCCAACGGUGGUGGUCAAUCGUUCGGUGCUCCUUCGGCUCCGUCCCAGUCGUACGGUGCUCCCAGCUUCGGUGGUCCAAGCUCGGGAGGUUUCGGUGGACACAGCUCGGGUGGACACGGUGGAAACGGCAAUGGAAACGGUAACGGAUACUCGAGCGGACGCCCGUCGAGUCAGUAUGGACCUCCGCAGCAACAGCAGCAGCAACAAUCGUUCCGUCCACCUUCCACCAGCUACGGAGUUCCUGCCGCUCCCUCUCAGUCGUACGGCGCACCGCAGCAGGGUAACGGUGGCAAUGGAUACUCUAGUGGGCGCCCUUCGACCCAAUACGGUGCACCUUCGCAGUCGAAUGGAAAUGGUUUCGGAUCCCGUCCUUCGUCCAGCUACGGUGCUCCAAGCCGCCCGUCGACCCAAUACGGUGCUCCGUCAGGUGGAAACGGCAACGGAUACUCCGGCAAUGGAAACGGACGUAGCUACAGCAAUGGUAAUGGACAUGGAAACGGUCACAGCAAUGGCAAUGGCAAUGGUAACAAUGGAUAUUCUAGUGGACCAUCUCGCCAACCGUCGCAGCAGUACGGACCCCCGGCCCAGGCUCCCUCGUCUCAGUAUGGAGCUCCGGCUCAAACUCCGUCCAGCCAGUACGGUGCUCCUGCUCAGAGCCCGUCCAGCCAGUAUGGUGCUCCGGCUCAGACUCCUUCUUCUCAGUACGGUGCUCCGGCUCAGAGUCCCUCUUCACAGUAUGGAGCCCCUGCUCAGCAACCUUCCAGCCAGUAUGGAGCACCUGCUCCAUCGCGCCCAUCGCAGCAGUAUGGAGCCCCUGCUCAAACCCCGUCAUCUCAGUAUGGAGCCCCAGCUCAGACUCCAUCUAGCCAGUAUGGAGCCCCUGCUCAGACCCCAUCCAGUCAGUAUGGAGCACCGGCACAGGCACCUUCGUCCCAAUAUGGAGCUCCCGCCCAAACCCCGUCAAGCCAGUAUGGAGCACCAGCUCCAUCGCGUCCCUCGCAGCAAUAUGGAGCACCCUCUCAGCAACCUUCCAGCCAGUAUGGAGCACCCGCCCCAUCGCGUCCGUCGCAGCAGUAUGGAGCUCCGGCCCAGACUCCUUCAUCGCAGUAUGGAGCUCCCGCUCAGGCUCCAUCUUCGCAGUACGGAGCACCAGCUCAGACUCCAUCUAGCCAAUACGGAGCACCUGCCCCCUCGCGCCCAUCGUCGCAGUACGGACCCCCUGCCCAGGCUCCCUCGUCGCAGUAUGGAGCUCCCGCUCAGACACCUUCUUCACAGUACGGAGCCCCUGCUCAGACUCCGUCUAGCCAAUACGGUGCCCCUGCACAGCAACCUAGCAACCAGUACGGUGCUCCAAGCUUCGGAUCGUCAGGUGGAUCCUCUUUCGGCGGCAACGGUAACGUUGGUGGCAGCUACCAGGUAAGCUCAAACGGUAAUGGAUUCUCCCAGGCUUCCUUCUCGGCCAGUAGCUUCUCCUCGAACGGACGCUCGUCACAGGCGGCUGGAGGUUUCAGCUCCGGUGGUCCGUCGCAUUCGGCCGGUGGAUAUAGUUCCGGUGGUCCAUCGCAAGUUCCGGCUACCCUACCGCAGUCGUACUCAUCCAACGGAGGCUAUAACUACUAA